AUGCUACCAACCCAUGUAGCAGAAGAGCUCCAACGCGCCGAUCCAAAGCACCUAAUGGGCGCAGGCAUCGGCUGCUUCUCGCAAGUCUACAGAAUCCCCAACUGCGACCUCGUCAUCAAGGAAUCGUUCGACCACCCCGUCACAGGCUGCCUGCAGGCGAGCGAGAAACGCGUCUACGAGCGCCUCGGCUCCCACCCGCGCAUCCUGCGCUACUACGGCGAGCACCGCUGGGCCAAUGGUCUUCGGACCGGCCUGGUCUUCCAGUACCAGCCGGGCGGCAUGUUGAAGGAUCACCUCGAACUCCACGAAUACCCAGGGGCACGAGACGGAUGGGCCCUGCAAGCCGCCGAAGCACUGGAGCACAUCCACGCCAGAGACGUGGUCCACUGCGAUUUCGGCAGCCACAACCUCCUCAUCCAGGAAGACGGCAGCCUUGUAUUGGCGGACUUUGGCGGCUCCAGCAUUGAUCGCUCGCCGCCCUCUGUGGCGUACGCUACCCGGUACGCCAGGCCAGGCGCUCAGGGCUCCGACGAGCUUGACGACCUCUUCGCGCUUGGGACGCUCGUAUACGAGAUUAGCGUUGGGCAUGCACUCUACGGCGAUAAGCCCAGCAGAGAAGCUUGGCAGCUGCUGCAGAGGAACGAGUUUCCUGACUUAGACUGCAUCCCUAGCGAGCUGCGUUCGGUUAUUAGGAAAUGUUGGUCGGCUGGGUAUGGAUCCGCCGGGGAGGUCGUCCGCGACUUGCGCCUGCAGGGUGCGUCCGCGGCGCCAGCUGUGCGGUAG